CACCCUUAAUUUUUAUGCCACUUAGUGGGUAAGCAAAUUCUAGGGACCCUAAGAACCAACCCUCUCCACCUCCACUCACCGCCUGGGGCCCAGCUCCAUAGUGACUAACACCAGGGUGAGUACCAAGCCUCCUUAUUCACUGCCAGGCCGGAAGUCUGGUGAGCCAGCUGGGCUUUGUAGCUGGGAAGGUUUCCAUUUAUGGAGUAUUCCCAGAGCACAGAUCACAGGAGCAGAUUGUCCCUGGUGGAACAUGGGAGCCACGACUCCUGCCCUCCGCUCUAUACCCCCACCAGGCACUUACAGUCUGUCCUAGGCAAGACAGAUGAACUUUUACCCAGGAUGCCUCAAAGCAAGCAAAGAUGAGUCAAGAAAAAUCACAAACAUUCAGGAUAUAAAGGUGCUGGCAUCACCUUGGCCAAAUCUAAGAGGUCUUCCUGGAAGAGGGCCCAAAAUAGAUUCUAAAGAAUGUUGUCAGUAGUUGGAAUGGAGUUGUGAGUUCUAGGCAGGUUGAGAGUUGACAGUAUAAGCAAACUAAGCAGAUUUGAGGGCCAGGGCUAUAGGCUGGAUCCUGGACCUCAGAGAGGGGAAGGAGUGCAAGCAGUGGCCAGAGCCAAAAAGCUAGAGAGGGUGGGGAAGGAGGGAAUGGCUUGAGAAAUGUUUGAACCCAGCCUCUGGUAAGCAGGACAACUGUCCCAGAUUUUGGAAUGAAAAUCAGGACAAAGGAUAUAGAAGGAGCCUAUAGGGGGAAAGAGCAGAACUGAGAUAUCCCCGACAGAACCAGCGCCCCCUUCCCCAAAUGGGCUCCCCUUCAGGUUCACCCUUACUUUUCCUACCUGGCCUGGCCUAUCCCCACGCCUCUGAUAGAGGGCCCCUGUUGAUUACACCCUGUCAAUCUCACACUCAGUACUAAUUCUGUAAUGUUUUCUCUUUCCUAGUGAGCAAGAGUCUAGGGAAGUGGCAGAAAGGGGAUAUGGUGCAGUCCUGGGACCCUGGCAUCUUGGUUUGGGAAAAACUCAAGCUCCUUUCACUCUAGACCCUCUCCAGAGAUUGGGGAAGGGGAUCCAGAGAUCCUUAUUCUUGCUUGCUUUUCUCCCUUUGGACCUUCCUUCCCAAGUGCAAAUACUCCUUGGUCUCACCAGUGUCAGGCCCAGUGAAAACAGUGAAGCAAAAAAUGCUGAUUUUCCCUCCCAUACCUCCAUCACUUGGUCUUUGCUGUCUCCCUGCGCCUGUCUUCCCCAGUAGCCACCUCAAAAACCUUCAGUCUGAUAUCUUCAUCCCUUGUCCUGCUUCAGACUUUCCAUAACUUGAAAGUGGGCAAAGAUUUAAGGUAAAAGAAAGCUCCUCAUGGUGGAAUGCCUCAGAAUGCUGGAGGGAGGACUUUAGGGUAGAGUGUACUAAAAAGGCCUGUACAUAUAGAUUCAUGGGCCCAAAAGAAGCUUCUUGAGGUGCUGGAUCUGUGCUCUAGGAGGUGCAAGCAGUAACACUGCUAUUGUGAGUCCUAAUGAAGGCUCUGUUUGGCAGAGAGAGGAGAUUCACCUUGUACAGGCCAUAUGGGGAAAUUAAGUGAGAGGGUCUUAGCCAGGAGAGGGUAGGGGCAUUGGAGAGAACUCACCUAUUUUAUUUUAUCCAUGGCCCAAGGAAAAAGAAAAUAGCAACUUCAAAUCCUAUCUGGAUAGACACCACUACCCAAGGUGCUCAGUAUCAAAUGUGGGAGGAGGGAAUUGUUCUUAGCUUGAGAAGGGGAUCAGGCUGGGAAUCUGAGAUAACAGCAGAAUUCAGUCUUAAGGAACAGAAUCUGGGCCUGAACCUAGCUCCAGGCCCCACUGAGAGGGGAGAAGGAUCCACAGACAUACAGCCAGAGGCUGGGAACACCAAAUAGUUGGGCACCCUGCUGAGUACCAGCUCCUUUAUCUUACAUGGCCAAGCCUCAUGACAAGGCUGUGCCAUGGGCCUCCUAACUCCAAUUCACAUGUUCAGGAGCAGCAUCAAAGAAAUUUCAAGACUAGCCUAGUCUCCACAGAGAGGCAGAUUUCUUUUUUAAGAGUCAAAAUGAAAGUUUAUUAGAAAAGGGGUAACACUACAAACAGUGUGCUCUCUCUUCUCAGAGGCAGAGAGUGAGAGGGACAGAGAGGCAGAUUUAAACCAGGAUUGGCUUGCUUCCAAAUCUCACCCUUGUCCCACCAUUCCACAUUCUCUUGACCUCCCAUUCCUUAGAUAUGGGCAAGUGCACAGCCUCUUACUAGUGAAACCAGAGAGAUGGUUCAAGGUGAAACCCAACCUGCCUCUGUGGCCUAAAGCUGGCUUGAGGGCAGGCUGAAGUCAUGAUCAAGAAUCCUUGCUGGGCUCUGCAGCCUUUGACUCACUGUUACGUGAUAUAACAGAAAUAAAUCUAGCCACCUAAGUGAGUUUUCCAAAUACAUCAAGCUCACCCCUUUGCAAUUUAAAACUUUUCUAAAAAUUCAUUUUGGAAGGAAAUCAUUCUAAAGCAUCACAGUCAUCUUCAGCAUAUCUGCAAUAUAAUAUAAAUAUUUCUAGGCAGCUGAGGAUCAUUCAUAGAAACCAAUGGCUCCCCUGCAGCAAUGUUUUCAGAAGCUGUAACAGUGUCAGGGAGUUGUCUAUGCCAAAUAACCUUAGACCACUAUUUAAAUGCUUAUAACUACUUUAAAAGUUUUUUGUAGUGUUGUUUACCUCACUACCAGGGGUCACUUGCUGCUCUAAAUGUGCUUCUGAUCUGUGAGUACAGAACACACAAGGACACAUUAAAUUUGUGAAUAAAGUAAGGUUAAGUAGGCCGUGAUUGAGGACUGGAGAGUCUAUCCAAUGAGUAUUGUAGCUGCUUAGGAGUCCUUUCUGCUCCCUCUAGAACCCACAAUGCUGACCUGUAGUUGACGUCCAGAUAAGUGAACUGUCACUGCACAUUAGUCCCAAGAUUACCAUUUGCCUCUUUGAUUGGAAAAUUCCACUAAAGAUUGCAAUAUGGAUUGUUCCCAAUAAUUGAAGACAGUUGGAAUAUUAAGACGAGAAAUGCAGCAUAAGGGUAGAGACAAAAAACAAUCUAGUGUUGGAAAGAGUUGAGUGAGAAUCCUGGUGUCCCCACUUUCCAGCUGCAUGCUUGAUUUGGGGACAGGCCGUCCACCUACUACUCUGAGCCUCAGAAUCAUUAGGACGAAAGAGCUAAUGCAGGAAGGUGCUUAGCCCAGCACCUGGCAAAAAUGGUUCAGGAGAGGCCAGGAAAUCAGAAUGUGGCUGUCAGGAAGACAAGAGUGGGAGCCUGAAGAGAAAGGGAACCAGGCAGGAAAGAAGUAGUAAAGAUGACACACCUUCCUGGCUUCGCACAAAGAGGCAGACUGUGUGUCCACCUUGUGUAGCCCAGAGGCCUGGUGGCUGCUUUGCUGAAUGCCACAAGGGAUGGAGUGGGCUGGCACAUCCCAUCCCCACCUUGGGGUUGGGAACUUCUAGAGAGCUAGUCUCUCCCUUUUUUUCCUUCUGUGGUUAACACUUGGAUGGUUGGCCUGGCAGGGAGAGAGAGAAAGGAAGUCCCCACAGUGGUUUGGACCUACCUGAACCUAAUACCAAAAUGAAGGUGCCCAAACAAAGCAGCCACUUCUCCUUCCUCAAAGCCCCCAUCUGCCUAUGGACCAGACUGGGAAAUGGGUAUCUUUGUGGGCCUUCGCCCAGAAGGGACGGGUGGGUGUGGGGAAGGAGAGAAUGACAGGGAAGCUUGGUGGCAGAGUGGCUGUCCCCCUGUCCCUGCAUUUCUUUUGGUUUCUGCCUCUAGCCCCUCCAUUUAGCCACAGAGCACCCACCCUGGGCUGAACACUGGGCUAGGGAGCUGGGAACACAGAGGUAACUGACAAAUAGUCCUGGCUCCUGGAGAAAGAUCUCCCAGUCCCUGGGUCUCUGCCUCCUGCUUCCUUUCCUACAGACCCCUUGCCCUACUUCUCCGAACUCGUCUCCUCUACCCUAUGACUUAGUUCUGUUCAUGUCUUAACUCCUCAGUGUGUGUGUGCUCCCAGAAGAAAGCGACACAAAGGCUGGGGAGGGGUGGCAGAAAGGAGGGAAUCCCGCUGACAUCACUGCUCAUUAGUAUGUGUGACCUCAUCAGGGGCGGGACGAUUUCCCCAGGUGUGGAGGGCGGGGGGGAGUGCAAGAGCAAGAGUGGGGAGGUGGUAUUUAAAGGGAAAAGCUGACAGUGCUGCUGAGUGAGGGAGCGAGUGCUGCGAGUCGCCGGGCUGCACACCCACACGCACACCGCACACCGAUGCAUACGGACCUGGACACCGACAUGGACACGGACACAGAAACCACAGCACUCUGCCCCUCCGGCAGCCACCAGGCCUCUCCCCCAGGGACGCCCACACCAGAAGCAGACACCACUCUGCUGAAGAAGCCAGAGAAACUGUUGACAGGAUUGGACCGAGGCGGGCCACCCCCUGCCCCAGGGGCCCCAAGACGAAGAGGCAGUAUGCCUGUCCCCUACAAGCACCAACUGCGGCGGGCUCAAGCUGUAGAUGAAAUCGACUGGCCACCUCAAGCCUCAUCCUCUGGCUCCUCUGACUCCUUGGGCUCAGGGGAGGCAGCCCCCACCCAAAAGGAUGCCACCUUCAAGGUCAUGCUGGUAGGGGAGAGUGGCGUGGGCAAGAGCACCCUAGCAGGCACUUUUGGCGGUCUCCAGGGAGACAGUGCUCAUGAGCCAGAGAACCCAGAGGACACCUAUGAAAGACGUAUCAUGGUGGAUAAGGAGGAAGUGACUCUUGUUGUUUAUGACAUCUGGGAACAGGGGGAAGCAGGGGGGUGGCUGCGGGACCACUGCCUUCAGACCGGGGAUGCCUUUCUCAUCGUCUUCUCAGUCACUGACAGAAGAAGCUUCUCCAAAGUUCCAGAGACCCUACUUCGGCUUCGGGCUGGGAGGCCCCACCACGACCUGCCUGUCAUUCUUGUUGGAAACAAGAGUGACCUGGCCCGCUCCAGGGAAGUCUCACUGGAGGAGGGCCGCCACCUGGCAGGGACACUGAGCUGCAAGCACAUCGAGACGUCGGCUGCGCUACACCACAACACGCGGGAGCUCUUUGAGGGCGCGGUGCGCCAGAUCCGGCUGCGGCGGGGCCGGAGCCGCAUGGGGAGCCAGCGGCCAGAAUGGGGCGGCCUGGAGGGCCCUGUGCCACCCGCGCGCCGCGAGAGCCUCACCAAGAAGGCCAAGCGCUUCCUUGCCAACCUGGUGCCGCGCAACGCCAAGUUCUUCAAGCAGCGCUCCAGGUCAUGUCACGACCUCUCCGUUCUCUGAGCCACGGUUGCCAUGGUCACCGCGGUCACCAUGGUCACCAGUCACCAUUCUCUCCGCUAGCCCCUUCGCCCCGCCCCCAUCCGCCCCAGUCAGCCUUUCUUUGUGAAGACCGUCUAGGAAACCAAAAACUCCCAGGACGCCCUGGUGCCACCGUGGGUGCGGGCCCCCACCUGCGCCUCCAUGCCUUCUCUGGAUAUCCCCUGCUCUGGGCACCUAGGGGACGGGAUGCAGAAGCGAGGGUGGGCGCGCCGCGGCCCGCGGGCGGGGCGGGUUCCAGCUGACAGUAAGGAAAAUCGUUCUGUAAGGUAUUUUGAUUGCAUUACUUCGCGCUUGACCACUUCUCCUUUAGAGAUCCUAAAAGCGAAAACUGGAAAAGUGCUUUGUAGACUCCUUUACAGGGUUUUCCACCUUUGUACUCUGCGUGAACAUGCCUCACCUUUAAGAGAUUCUUAAAGGUAAAGACACGGAGAUCCUUUUUGGAUACUUUUCCUAAAAUGUUCUGGCUCUUAUCUGCUGCACUUGUCCACUUUGCCUUUAAGGAGUUCUUAAAGGCCAGGGCCUGGAAGUGCUAUUUUUGAGAGUUAAUUCUGUGGUUUUAUCAUCACACCAUGGCACUUCCCCUUUAAGGCUAUUAAAGGUAAGGUACGGACAGACUUUUGCCUUCAGAUGCCAGCGUGAGGAGCUGAGAGGGUGGUAAUCCCCCUUUGGCCAGAGCCCAGGAGGCACUAGCAAGGGGCCACCCUUUCCUUUUCAAUAAAGAAUUUUUCUACUGCA